AUGCAUCAUUACUUCUUUCAAAAUAAAAUUAUUUCUCAAAGUGGAACACUGUCGCCAAAUGAUUACCUGGCUACUAAACAAACAACAUCAUCUUUAACUCCGGAUUUACAUGAGGAAUUUUUCGAUGUAAUGGAUGCUUUUAAUGAUGUACAAGUUGAAGAAGCAGUCGCUAAUAGAAUUAUCUGA